AUGGAUGUUUCUUCGAUUGGACGACAUAGAAGCGAAACUGACCAAGAUCCUUUGUUAAUGGAGCACGACGAAACCCACAAUAAUCGAGAGCACAUCGUUGACAUCACAAGCAAUGACGAGGACUCUUCGUCAAGAAGAUCUUCUAUCGAUGAGCCAACUCCUGAGGUCAGCUCCCAUCAAGGUGAAGCGAGAGUAUCAUCAAACGGCACACAGCACACGACGCAGAGAGCGAGUUCCUCUGGAAAUGGUCGCCGUAGCAGUAACACUAGUGGUAGGAGUCCACUGAACUCUGGCCUUUGGAUUUCAGUGGAGUUAGUUGUCACUGUGGCUCAGAUUGUUGCAGCGAUAGUAGUAAUGGUUCUGGCUAAAGACGAGCGUCCAGAGGCGCCCUUGUUCACAUGGGUUGUGGGAUAUACCUCUGGCUGUGUAGCCACUCUCCCUAUUCUCUACUGGCGUUUUCGCACUUAUAACCGACGUACAGGGCAACACUCUUCUUCUCAAGCUCAAGGAGGCAAUAAUGGUAAUAGUAAUCCCUCAGACUCCGCACCAUAUACACCCGUCUCAGUAGCUCAAGCGCCAGAUGAAGAAAACAGCAUCGGCACGACGGCUGCACCUAGGAACAAUCAAGUUGGGGAAAGCUUAAGAACAAGGCUGAAUGGGUUGGUGGACCAUUUCAAGAUGGCGAUAGACUGUUUCUUUGCGGUGUGGUUUGUUGUUGGGAAUGUAUGGAUAUUUGGAGGCCACUCGUCUCCUUCUGAUUCUCCUAAACUCUACAGGUUAUGUAUAGCGUUCCUUACUUUCAGCUGCAUUGGGUAUGCGAUGCCAUUCAUACUCUGCGCAACCAUCUGCUGUUGUUUGCCUUGCUUAAUCUCUGUUCUCGGCUUUCGGGAAAACUUCUCACAAACUAGAGGAGCCACUGCCGAGGCCAUCGACGCCCUGCCUGUCUACAAAUUCAGAUCCAAAAGCAGAAAUGAUUUGGAGUUUUCAGAGGAAGGUGAAGGCGGGUUUCUUCUUUUGGGGUCCCAGAAGAAACGUCUUAUAUCUGGCGAAGAUGCUAGCUGUUGCAUCUGCUUGGCCAGGUAUGGAGACGACGACGAAGUUCGAGAGCUGCCAUGCUUACAUGUCUUUCAUGUAGACUGUGUAGACAAAUGGCUUAAAAUCAAUGCGACUUGCCCACUCUGUAAAAAUGAGGUCGGAGAAAGCAGCACCGCUUCUUCAUAG